GGAGAUUGCAAUUUUUGAAAUUUACAAUUGCCAAUACUAUUGCUUACUGGAUUAGAGGGGCGAUUUUGCCUAAAGCCUGUUGUGCUUUCAUCUCUAAGCUUUGCUCUAAAUUUUUGCUGCAUGGGAAUAUUGAAGAUAAGAAAUUACAUUUUAUUGCUUGGGGGUGUAUUACCAAACCAAAAAUUUAUGGUGGUCUUUGUAUUCUUUCCUUUGAUUCUCUGUAUUUCUGGGUCGCUUGUUCUUUCAUUUGGAGAUUUUUUCAACUAAAUUCCCUUGUGGGCUCCUGGUUUAGAGCCAAAUAUGAAUCCCCUUGGAAACCUCCACAUCCGACUGCAUCUAAAUUUUGGAAAUAUAUUGGUUCUUUGGCUCUUAAGAUUAAACCGAUUAUUGUGCAAACUGUUGGCCAACAUUGCAAUUUUUCCUUCAACUGGGAUCCUUGGGUGGAUGGGAAUAGGCUUGCUGAUUUAUGUUUUGAUGCCAGAUUUAAUCAUAAAAAUGUUGGGGAUUUCAUUGUUGAUGGUCAUUGGGCAUUACCGGAGUUCUCUCCUCUGCAAUUAUGUGCGGCUGUUUCUAAUAUUGCCAUUUUGGAGCAACCUGCCUUGGCAUGGGAUGGCUCCUUUAAUCCAAAAUUUAAGCAAUUCACUGAUCUUUAUUACUCUAAUUUGGAGGAGGUUCCAUGGCAUAAGUUCAUUUGGUUUAAAAAGGCUUCUCUCAAAUUUGCUUGUUUUGUCUGGAUGGCUCUGUUGGAAAAAUUGAAAUGUGCAGAUAGACUUAUUCGGUUUGGGAUUCAAAUUUCAGCUUGUGAUUUCUCUUUUUCGGUUCUUUGUGCGGUGAAUCCGAUUUUUGAGAGGUUCUUGUUUAGGCCUAAUCUCUUUCAGUCUUGUGUUGCUGGUUGUUGCUGCUGGGUUGGUGAAUUUGUCAGGGACGAUGAUGAACUGGGAGCAUCCACUGGCUG